UUAUUAAACCAAAACCUAUCAAAUUCGUGUCAUCACGGAGCAGCCAGCCUCUUCGCCAGGGAUACGAGAGAAGCUAAAUGAAGUAAAAUGCAUAUACGUCAGUUUCCCUCCACCACUUCGUCCGUGUUAUUGUUAAUACUCGUUUUUGCUGAUGGCUUGUUGGGUUACGACGAAAAUGUGUGUGUUCCGCCCACAGACACUUGCGGCCCCAUCGCCCCCUCGCCCCCCAAGUCGUACGUCACCCACCUGGAGGAGGUCGACCAGCUGUCCAAGACGACCUCGUACGUGAACGAAUUCUACGACCCCCACAGCCAGGUCAUGGCCGUCUUGCGAACGACCCGCGGAAUGUCCGACCACGCCAUCUUCUUCUACGAGACGGAUACGGCGGUUAUCAUACAGUAUAGGGAGGGAGCCGUGGACGGGCGGCCGCACUUCGACUGCCUGGUGGCGGAGAUCGAGGACGCGGGCGCCCUGGCUGGUCGGGUACGACAACAACGGCACCUACGCCUUCAUGCUGUCGCCCUCGGAGGCUCUCUUUCUUCGGCGGGGACUACAAGUACAGCUUCGUGGACAACGACCCUGUACGACAGAUCCCGUGCAACAGAUGGGACGCGUGCAUAGAGACUUACGGCAACGGUACCAUGAGCGUGCAAUACCACUGGUCAGACCAAACACUCGUGACAGACGUGACAGGCUACAGCCACGAGCGCCCUGUCAUGGCCCACGCAGCCGGCUACUACGACGCCCCGCGAGCCAAAAGCAACCAGGUGGACGUCGAUAAGAUGUACAACUUCGGGUUCUUCGACGACAACCCCGACUGGGAGGUUUACCGGUGGGCGCUGGAGAUCCCCAGCUCCCUCUACUGCCCCGGCCUCCCCGCUGGGAAGGCCGCCCCCACCAAGCUCGCUGACACCUACUCCAUGAGGGUCGAGGUCACCCUUCAGACGUCGCUGUCAAAGGAAAAGGAAUUCGUGUCCACGGCGAAGAACUGGUACGACUUUGACCGCAAGAUCACCCGAGCAGACUUCAUCCCGGACCCGUUCACCAUCGAGGGCUUUUACGUCGGGAUCAACGAAGCAGCCGUCAUCAGGGACUUCAGGAGCGGCGUCGAGUACAUAAUUGACAAAGGCCUCGGAAAUUGCACAGCCAUCACCAUCCCUGACACUGGCUAUGACACCAUCGUCGACCCAAGUGGCCAAGUGACCAUCAAGGACCCGCUGACACUCUUCGGUCUCGGCCAAGUGUCCAACCUCACGUAUUAUGGAAAGAAAAAGGCCAGAGGAAUUCCCUGUGACGUUUGGGUUGGGAGACUCGACCAGAAGGUUGGCAACACGACAGUGGAGGAAAAGCUAACGUACGAAGUCUAUUUCCUUGAGGAGGGAUGGCGCGAGGACGCAGGAUCAGGACCCCUUCCGGAUAAGCUGUAUCCUGAUCCAGUUCUUAUCAAGAUUCAGCAAGAUUUCACCAGUCCUUCCAACCCUGAAUAUGUCACUUUCUAUGCCCUGGAGCAGAACAUCUUCAAAUUCGACCAGAGCGCCCUCGACAUGACGGUCUUCGACAUCACGCCCUGCUUCCGAGGCCACGCCCACAUCCGCCGCUUCCAGAUCGCGUUCCCGGGAGAGUUUCGCGACGACUUCGACGACAAACCCGACCGGUUCCUCCGUGCCAUCCACGCCACGCUGGAAACCUACUUGAGCGUCCCCUCCAUUCGCAUCCAGCACAUGACGGUGGAGUUCAACGAGAGGGACGGUCGCCUGUACUGCGAGUUCACCCUUGUGGACCAACCGCCCGUAGACGGCAUCGACUUCCCUCCUUCUGUGGGACCUCCCCUCGAGGACGUCGUCGCUACACUCCAGGCGUCGAUGGGGAAGCUGAUCGUCUUCCUGUUCGACGAGGGUUACGACACUCCCGGGCACAUGAAGCAGAUGCAAGCAUACGAAGACAGUCUUCGGGAGAUGUUUGAGGACAGCUGCCAUCCCCUGAAAUCCUCACAGACAACAGUCGACGGCGGCACAGACAGAACGCAGAAGGACCAUAGAAACCUUCAGGAAGACACAAGUCUCCCCGAAAUUUCGUCAAAGAAAACGGGUCGUGUUGCGCCACACGCUGAAGGGGAAACUCUAGUAAGGAGAGGAAAGACAGACAAUGAGCCAGUCAUUCCUGAUAUAUCGAAGGCGUCUUUUACGGAGAAGUUAAUGGACGAAGUGAGACGUUUUAACUUUCACAAGAUGACGAAGAGUGCGCCAAUGUACACGCCAGGUGACAUGGCAGGAAUGGGCAUCGGCAUGUUCUUACUCGGACUCCUGUUGGGAACUGUGGCUAUGCUGGCCAUUCUCCAGAAAUUCGGCUUAUCAGAAGGCAUCGAAUUUAUCCCCAUGAACUCACGUCGGUCAUAAAAGUUACCAAAACCUCAUGAUUAGCCUCGUCAGUCAUAAGGGUCACAGGAGUGGUUCCCAACUUUUUCUAUUCUAAGGCUCCCGACCAAUAUAUAAUAAUCUCCAUGGCCUGGUUCAGUCUGUCAUCUUUUCAGAUUCAGUUAUUACUGGCUAUUGGACAAGAACACCAUAGGGAAAGAUUCCAAUUUAUUAAAAUGUGAUAAUUAUCCGUAGGUACUAUAGGUGAGACGAAACCCAGUCUGAUUCGAAUUCAUAAUGUUCAUAUUACUCCAGAAAACAGUCGAAUUCCUGGGUUAUAUGAAGCUGCAGAUGUGACUGUGUGAUGUUCUGUCUGUUAGAAUGUUAACUGGGGUUUUCAUGAUUUAGGAGUGAAGGUUACUCUACUUAAACGGGUGAUUUUACGUGAUUUUCCUGUUAAAAGUUAUAUAGCUAUUUUUAGAUGCACACUACGUUCGAAAUCAGAAUUGUGAUGGAAUGACCGGAGGAUAAACGAAUAUUUAAUUAGUCCAAUAAUCUUAGAUGGUUUGUGUCUGAGCUGCUCAAUCCUAGUUCAUUAUAUUACAAUAGAUUUUUAUUACAUACUUUAGCAUUAUUUGUCAUUAUUUAUAAACAAAUCUGCGAAUGUG